AUGCUAGCCCGGCGGCCAAGCGAUCGAGUAACUAGCUGGAUCCGAUCAGACGCUGGAAGUGGCAGGGUCGACGACGAGACCGACUCUUUCGAGAGAAUGACCCUGGCCGACGAUGAGGGCAUGGAUCCAAACCUCGAUGUAUUGAACAGCGAUUCAGAGAAACGAGAAAUGCCUUCUGAGUUCUGGGACGACGUCGCACUCAGAGGCCUCUACCCAGAGAACACAUCGCAAUGGUUGAGUCGACUCGAAAGGGGCGUUGACGAGGAAGUUCGCAUGACGUUCAAAAGGGGCAAGCCGACUUUCCUUGACAACGAGGCUCCAAUCCCAUCAGUCGGACUAGUCUAUCUCCCAGGCGCAGACAAACCGACCGUGGCACGUUUAGAGGAGAGCAACAUGGUAGAACUUGAGCCCGAACGGAGGGACUCCAACUGGAGAGUCAACGCCGCUGACUCGCUCCUCAUCGCCCGAAGCAUCAACCGCGACCUCUUUCAUCAACGAGGACAUGACCUGGAAAGUAAUCGAUGCUUGCCAAGGAAGUGCAAGAAGGUCAAGAUCGUCAACGAGCUGCGCUGGCGUGAUGGGCAGAUGAAAUACGACUUGAGUGUCACACUAGUCGAGGUCGACGAAGGGUCUCUCGUUCGGUUGAUUGGGCAUUUCCACCAUCUCGUGGCGCGGAAGUCUGCCCAGAUGAAUGCAGCCGAUGACAAAUACCAAUUGGAGAAUAUGAUGGAGGAUGCGAGGUUCUUUUGUGUGAGGAGUCCCAUACUCUUCAGGAUGUCCACCCGUCUCAGGAUCAUUGAGUCCGCUCAUAUUCGAUAUGGUCUUGAUGAUGAAUAUGGGUUCCGCAAUAUCUUUACGAGCAAAGGCAUUCGACAGCUCAUCAGCGUCAGUGCUGAAGAGUCGGCCCAAGAUGCUGUUCGACCACGUUUCUUGCAGAUGCUGGUACUCUUGCUCUCGAUGCUAGCAGGCGCUGAUCUGACGAAGAUGGCCGACUUCUUGCAGACUACAUACGGGAUCAAAGCGGAUCGGCCAGAUCUCGAACUUCUAAUCCUCAAAGUCAUCCCGUUGUCUUCGAUCAACUCACAAGUCUUCCUCUCGGCACUGAUACCCACUGUUACUGGUCGGGAAGUGCAUCCCGAGACUGUCAAGAAUCAAAACUAUUGCUGGCAAGAGCUCAUCAAACAUCUCGCUUCGAAGGGAUACUUGCUACCAGGCACGAUCGACGACUUACCAAGAUCUUCGGUCGACUGCAAUACCAUGGCGCCUCGCUCGCUCGAAGGCUUUAACGAACUCGUUCCGGUGAACAUCGGCACCGGACCGGACCUGACAGAGACUGCGGUCUACCUCCACCACAUCGAGCACCCAUACGUGAUCUAUGCACGGGACUUUGAGCAAAUCCGCUGUCUCGACGAGGGAAGUUUCAUGAUGCGAGAAGUCACUGAAGAAGCACGAGAAUGCGAACUUGUGAUCAAAUCGCAAUCUCUCAACGACUACGCCAAUGCUGCUAUCAGCUUGAUCAACAAAGUCAUCGCUCGCAUGAACGCCCAUGGGCCAAAGUCCUCCUCAAACGCAAUUGCGAAGAGGUUCUCCAUUCGCGGACGGCAUUCGACACAAACAAUUAUCAAUCAGGAGUUACCAAAAGCUAAUGCUAUCACUCGUCACGAAGCCUGGUUAGAAGGUACCACGCAAGCCUUGUCGGUUGCUUGGAAGUGCGAUGGUCGACCAAUCUCGAGGAUGUACAUGUUGCAGUGCUUGAGUCGUCCCGUCCGGAGGAUCAAUGCUGUCGUUCGAUGGUUCGAGAGGAUUACCCACAGACAGUUUGGCCCACACGAUGACCAGUACCGGCAGGUUCUCGAUCUGAUCAGCAAACACGAGGCUGUCAUUGCUCAACAAAAAUUGACGCCCGCGGCUCCUGACAACCCGAUUCGCAGAUCAGUCCAUCACAACGACGACACGUUCGGCAUUCGCCCGAGACUCUGGUAUGAGUACUACUCAAGGUUCGAACACAACCACCUCCUCAUCAACGCACAACGCGACUUUGUCAAAACCCUGACUUGGAACGCAAAUGGCACACAAGCAGAGAUCGAGCUUGCAUGGAUUCCAACCAAAUUCAUCGUCGCCCCGCUCAAGCCUGAAAUGUAUCAAGCAUAA